AUGGCCGAGUUCUUACUACUUGGUACCAGCAACUUCCACAAAUUCACUUAUGAAUCCUUGGCUGCUAUCGAAAAGAGAAUUGCUGCCAAGAGGAAUUGCCGAAAAAAUACUAUAGACAAGAAACCUGAGGAGAAACUGCAUCCUCAACUUGACCUAAAAGCUUUCCAGAAGUUACCAGCUCUCUAUGGAAAUCCUCCUCCAGAGCUCAUUGGGGAACCACUGGAGGAUCUCGACCCGUACUACAAAGAUCGUAAGAUUUUCAUAGUGCUAAACAAACAGAAAACAAUCUUCAGAUUUACUGCUACACGUGCCUUAUGGAUCCUCAGUCCUUUUCAUCCAAUCCGAAGAACAGCAAUUAAAAUUUUAACACAUUCAUUGUUCACUUUUUUUAUCAUGUGCACUAUUAUAACGAAUUGUGCAUUCAUGGCUCUGACUGAGUCCUCUAAGGCUUCUCCAUCUCCUUCGUGGAACAAGUAUGUUGAAUUUACUUUCACUGGCAUUUACACUUUUGAAUCAUUGAUAAAAAUAUUGGCAAGAGGAUUCUGUCUAAAUGAAUUCACUUUCCUUCGAGAUCCCUGGAACUGGUUGGAUUUCAGUGUUAUCAUUAUGGCGUACGUGGGAGCAUUUAGUAACCUGGGGAGCGUAUCAGUCCUUCGGACUUUCAGGGUUCUGAGAGCUUUAAAAACCAUUUCAGUAGUCCCAGGACUCAAGAUCAUUGUAGGGGCACUUAUCCAGUCUGUUAAGAAACUUGCUGAUGUGAUGAUCCUGACUGUUUUCUGCCUGAGUGUCUUUGCCCUCAUAGGCCUCCAGCUUUUUAAGGGCAAUCUAAGACGAAAGUGUAUCAGGAACUCUACAGAGUCCAAUAAAAUAUCUUAUUUCCUUAACAAAACAUGGGAAUCCUAUGAAAUGUUUGCUAAUGAUACAGCACACUUUGCUAAGAAAAGGGGCACUUCAGAUAUUUUGCUGUGUGGUCCUGGUGCUGGGGUCUGUCCUCCAGACUAUGUAUGCUUGAAAAUUGGGCCAAAUCCUGAUUACAAUUUCACUAGUUUUGAUACGUUUGGCUGGGCUUUUCUUUCCUUAUUCCGCCUGAUGACCCAGGACUACUGGGAGCGUCUAUACCAGCAGACCCUCAGAGCUUCUGGGAAGGUGUAUGUACUCUUCUUCAUGCUGGUCAUCUUUCUGGGCUCAUUUUAUCUAGUCAACUUGAUUCUGGCUGUAGUAACAAUGGCAUAUGAAGACCAGAACAAGGCCACCAUUGCUGAAACAGAGGCAAAGGAAAGGAAAUUUCAGGAAGCCAUGGAAUUAUUACAGAAGGAGCCGGAGUCAUUGGUUAUUAAAGGAACUGAUAUUCUGUCAAUUAGCUCCUUUGAAGCCUCUUCUCUGUCUACCAAAGAAAUCAAAGAAAGAAGCAAUAGGAAAAAGAGAAAUAAGUCCUUGGGGAUAGAAGAUAAUGAAGAAGAACAACAAUUCCCCAAGUCACAUUCCACAGACAAUCAACGAAAGUUGUCUUUCCUUGGCCUGGUGUACGGUCCCAACGCAAAUCAGGUGAAACGCAGACUUAGCCACGGGAACGUGUUCAAUUUCCAAAUACCUGCUUUAGAAGUUGAUUCCAGAACGGAUUUUGGUGAUGAGGAGACCCGCAGUGCCAGGGAACAUGGAAUCCAGUGUCGGUCACUGUUGGUCACGCCGAUGGGAAGACGCUCCAGCGUGCCAAGUCAAAUGAGCCACAGCUCUCACCCCGCUACCCCGAACUGCGUGCAGAGCAGCAAGUGGGCUAACGCGGACGACUGCAAUGGGGUGAUUUUGGUGAUGGGAGGAGGAAGCAGCAGGGUGCACAGUCUAGAUCCAGUGUCUUCUGAAGGAGCAAUGCUUCCACCGGUGAUAGAAGACCUGGGAAAGGCUGUAAAUAAUGAGAGCAGCAUGGUGCAUUUGCCUCCUCAUCUGUCAGUGGAGUACUUUAAUGAGGCACUUCAGAGACAAAGGGCAGCAAGUGCAGUCAGCAUAAUUACCAGUGUCUUAGAGGAACUUGAAGAAUCCCAGUGGAGAUGCCCACCGUGCCUGAGUAAUUUUGCUUUAAAGUAUCUAAUUUGGGACUGUUGUCCGCUUUGGUUGAGAAUCAAGAAGAAAGUGGCUGCUAUCAUAAAGGAUCCUUUUGUUGAUCUCACCAUCACUGUUUGCAUUGUGAUGAACACUUUGUUCAUGGCACUGGAGCACAAUAAUAUGUCAGAUAACUUUGGAUUCAUGCUUAAUGUAGGCAACUUGAUUUUUACAGGAAUCUUCACUACAGAAAUGAUCUUAAAAAUCAUCGCUCUAGAUCCCUAUUAUUAUUUUCAGCAGCACUGGAAUAUUUUUGACAGUGUAAUUGUCACACUGAGUUUAAUUGAACUGGGUUUACCCAAACACAAAGGCAAGAAAGAAAGGCGAAAAGGAGGAAGCCUGACAGUUUUACGAUCCUUCAGACUGCUGAGGGUCUUCAAACUGGCAAAGUCCUGGCCAACUUUAAACACUCUAAUCAAAAUCAUUGGUAACUCCCUGGGAGCACUGAGUAAUCUGACCUUUGUCCUGGGAAUCAUUGUUUUCAUUUUUGCUAUAGUAGGGGUGCAACUUUUUGGGAGAAGCUAUGGGGAGAAUAGCCAUAAAAUAAACAAAAACGGCAAGCCACGCUGGCACAUGAUGGACUUUUCCCACUCGCUCCUCGUCAUUUUCCGAAUUCUGUGUGGAGAAUGGAUUGAGACCAUGUGGGACUGCAUGGUGGUCGCUGAACAACCACUGUGCCUUCUUGUCUUUCUGCUGGUCAUGGUGAUCGGAAAUUUAGUGGUUCUCAACCUUUUCAUUGCACUACUGCUGAAUUCCUUCAGUACCGACUGUCUCCAGACAGCAGAGGAUGAUGGAGAGAUGAACAAUCUUCGGAUUGCCUUUGCUCGGAUUCGCAAGGGAUUUCACUUCGUGAAGAGUGUUACAUGGGAUACCUGUUGUGGAAAGCUCAGGCAUAUAAAGAAAGCACACAGGAAGAAAAUCAAAUUGACUGCACAGAACCCACUUGGAUUCAAGUGUGAAAAAAUAAAAAAUUGUAAAGAGAAUUACAAUAAUGAAUGGGCUGAGAAAAAUGGGGACAAAUGCUUAGGUCUUGAAGAUUUUAUUACCAAUCCCAAUGUAUUUGUUUGUGUCCCUAUUGCUGAGGCAGAGAAUACAAGUGAGGGUUUUGAAGAUGAUGAUAAGCUGAGUACAUUUACAGACACAGAAUACAGCAAACAGUUUGACAGUGCCUGCUCUUCUGAAGGCAGCACAGUGGAUCUGACAAAUCCUGAAGAACUUUUGAGGCAAAUUCCAGAGUUUGCUGAAGACUUCAAGACUCCAGAAAAAUGUUUUCCAGAAGGUUGUGUGCGAUACUUUCAUUGUUAUGUGGGUAGUGCCAUGAAGUUUGGAGGAGAAACAUGGUGGAAUCUGAGAAAAACCUGCUACCAGAUUGUCGAACACUCCUGGUUUGAAUCCUUUAUCAUAUUCAUGAUCCUUCUGAGCAGUGGAGCCCUGGUAUUUGAAGACAUCCAUAUAAAUGAGAGAAGAAACAUUAAAAUUAUGUUGGCAUUUCUUGACAAAAUGUUCACUUUCAUCUUUGUUCUGGAGAUGCUCCUGAAAUGGGUGGCUUACGGCUUCAAGAAGUAUUUCACCAAUGCCUGGUGCUGGCUGGACUUCAUUAUUGUAGGCGUGUCUUUAAUAAACCUCUUCGGCAGUUCAUUUGACGCCGUGAAAUCUCUUAGGACUCUCCGAGCUCUGAGACCCUUAAGAGCAUUGUCACGAUUUGAAGGGAUGAGGGUGGUGGUCAAUGCCCUCGUGGGAGCCAUCCCUUCCAUCAUGAAUGUUCUGCUCGUCUGCCUCAUCUUCUGGCUCAUCUUUAGCAUCAUGGGAGUGAACCUGUUUGCUGGGAAAUUUGGGAGAUGUGUCAAUAUGACAGAAGAAGAUUCAGAAUUAAAUAGCUUGAUCGAUAACAUAACAGACUGUAGAAUGUAUAAUAACACAGGAAAAAUAUUCUGGGUCAACCUUAAAGUCAACUUUGAUAAUGUUGGCUCUGGCUACCUGGCUCUUCUUCAGGUGGCAACAUUUAAAGGUUGGAUGGACAUCAUGUAUGCAGCAGUAGAUUCACGAGAGAAAAAUGAGCAGCCGCAAAUGGAGCACAAUAUAUUUAUGUAUCUCUACUUUGUGAUCUUCAUCAUCUUUGGAUCUUUCUUUAUCCUGAAUCUCUUCGUUGGUGUUAUUAUUGACAACUUCAACCAACAAAAGAAAAAGAUAAGUGGGGAAGAUAUCUUUAUGACAGAAGAACAGAAAAAAUAUUACAAUGCAAUGAAAAAGUUGGGAUCCAAGAAACCUCAAAAACCCAUUCCAAGACCACUGAACAGAUACCAACGGUUCCUUUUUGACAUUGUAACACGCCAGGCCUUUGAUGUUGUAAUCAUGAUUCUCAUCUGCCUUAACAUGAUCACCAUGAUGGUGGAAACCUAUGAGCAAAGUAAAACUAAGACUGACAUCCUUAGCAAAAUCAAUAUACUCUUCAUUGCCAUCUUUACUGCAGAAUGUGUACUAAAAUUGGUGGCUCUGAGGCAGUACUAUUUCUCAAAUGCCUGGAACAUAUUUGAUUUAGUUGUUGUGAUCAUGUCACUUAUUGCCUUACUGCUUUCUGGCAUUGGUAAAGCAUUUGAACAUUUCUUACCACCUACACUCUUCAAGGUCAUUCGCUUGGCUCGGAUUGGACGAAUACUGAGACUCAUCCGGGCUGCCAAAGGAAUUCGAACUCUGCUUUUUGCGUUAAUGAUGUCCCUACCUGCUCUAUUUAACAUUGGCCUCUUGCUUUUUCUGGUCAUGUUCAUUUAUGCCAUUUUUGGCAUGGCUAACUUUGCCUAUGUGAAGAUGGAAGAUGGCAUUGAUGAUAUGUUCAAUUUCCAAACCUUUCCUAACAGCAUGCUCUGUCUCUUCCAAAUCACUACGUCAGCUGGCUGGGAUGGUCUUCUCAGUCCUAUUUUAAACACUGGGCCACCGUUCUGUGAUCCAAACAUAAAUGGUACUAUAGGUGAAUGUGGUAAACCUGCCAUAGGUAUUAUUUAUUUUGUAAGUUACAUCAUUAUAUCGUUUCUCAUCGUUGUAAACAUGUAUAUAGCUGUUAUUCUGGAGAACUUCAAUGCUGCUACUGAGGAAAGUACAGAGCCUUUAGGGGAAGAUGACUUUGACAUCUUUUAUGAAAUCUGGGAAAAGUUUGAUCCUGAGGCAACUCAGUUUAUAACUUUCUCUGCACUUUCAGACUUUGCAGAUGCUCUGGCUGAACCUUUACGUGUACCAAAACCAAACAAAGUUGAACUCAUAGCAAUGGACCUGCCUAUGGUCAGUGGAGAUAGGAUCCACUGCUUGGAUAUCUUGUUUGCUUUUACCAAAAGAGUGUUAGGAGAUUCUGGGGAGCUGGAUGCUCUUAAAGUACAAAUGGAGGAGAAGUUCAUGGCUGCCAAUCUAUCAAAAAAUUCCUAUGAGCCAAUCUCCACUACUCUCAGACACAGACAAGAGGAAGCUUCUGCCACUGUCAUCCAGCGUGCCUACAGGAGUCAUUUGCUCCUGCGCUCCAUGAAGCAGGCUUCUUACCUGUACCAUCACAGAACUUGCAGUGGUGACACUCUUGGAGGUGCUGCUCCAGAAAAGGACGGACUUAUUGCAUCUAUGAGGGAUGAAAACUGUGGCAGGAGUCCUGAGAAGUCUGAAACUUUGUCCUCAGCAUCCUUUCCUCCAUCAUAUGACAGUGUCACAAGAGCCAGUAGUGGCAAUCUCAUGGUUGAGCAUGAAGAAAUUACACAUAAUCAACAAUCUCCAGACAUUAAAUAG